CAAGGAGAGGGCGAGCUCUGGCCACCGGCAGGGCAGGAGCCGGCAGCCAACAACUAAGGGAGGCAAAUAGACACAGAGAUCGCAAUAAUAUCCAUUAUAACCCCCAUCUACCCCUAGCCCCCAACACACACCCAUCCAUCCCACCCGCCUGGAGAGGCAGAGAGCGGCCCGCUUUCUGCGCCCAAGGAAAAAGCCCCAGCCAUGAGCAAUCAGUACCAGGAGGAGGGCUGCUCUGAGAGGCCCGAGUGCAAAAGUAAAUCUCCAACUUUGCUCUCCUCCUACUGCAUCGAAAGCAUCCUGGGCCGGAGGAGCCCGUGCAAAAUGCGGCUGCUGGGAGCAGCGCAGAGCUUGCCCGCCCCGCUGGCUAGCCGCGCCGACCAGGAAAAGGCCUUGCAAGGCUCCCCCAAGGGCAGCAGCGCUCCGUUCGAGGCUGAGCUGCACCUGCCGCCCAAGCUGCGGCGCCUGUAUGGCCCGGGCGGGGGCCGCCUCCUCCAGGGCGCCGCGGCGGCGGCAGCGGCGGCCACCGGGGGUCCGCGGGGGGAGGCCCCGCCGCCACCGCCACCAACCGCGCGUCCGGACGGCGCGGGGGCCGCCGUGGCCGCCGCCGCUGUCGCCGCCGCGGCCUGGGACACGCUCAAGAUCAGCCAGGCGCCGCAGGUGAGCAUCAGCCGCAGCAAGUCGUAUCGUGAGAACGGGGCGCCCUUCGUGCCGCCACCGCCCGCGCUGGACGAGCUGGGCGGCCCGGGGGGCCCCGCGCACCCGGACGAGCGCCUCGGCGCAGCCGGCGGCCCCUGCGGUAACCCGGCGGCGGGCGGUGGCGCGGGCGCCGAGGAGGACGAGGAGGAGCUGCUGGAGGACGAAGAGGACGAGGACGAGGAAGAGGAGCUGCUGGAGGACGACGAGGAGGAGCUGCUGGAGGACGAUGCCCGCGCGCUGCUCAAGGAGCCCCGACGCUGCGCCGUGGCCGCCACCGGCGCGGUGGCCGCCGCCGCUGCCGCCACUGUGGCCGCCGAGGGCGGGGAGCUGUCACCCAAGGAGGAGCUGCUGCUGCACCCAGAGGACGCCGAGGGCAAGGACGGCGAGGACAGCGUGUGCCUGUCUGCGGGCAGCGACUCCGAGGAGGGGCUGCUGAAGCGCAAGCAGCGGCGCUACCGCACCACGUUCACCAGCUACCAGCUGGAGGAGCUGGAGCGGGCCUUUCAGAAGACGCACUACCCGGACGUCUUCACCAGGGAGGAACUGGCCAUGAGGCUGGACUUGACUGAGGCCCGAGUCCAGGUCUGGUUCCAGAACCGUCGGGCGAAGUGGCGCAAGCGGGAGAAGGCGGGCGCGCAGACCCAUCCUCCGGGGCUGCCCUUCCCCGGGCCGCUGUCGGCCACCCACCCGCUCAGCCCCUACCUAGACGCCAGCCCCUUCCCUCCGCACCACCCCGCGCUCGACUCGGCCUGGACCGCCGCCGCCGCCGCUGCCGCCGCCGCCUUCCCGAGCCUCCCUCCGCCUCCGGGAUCGGCCAGCCUGCCGCCCAGCGGGGCGCCGCUGGGCCUGAGCACUUUCCUCGGAGCCGCCGUGUUCCGGCACCCAGCCUUCAUCAGUCCUGCGUUUGGCAGGCUCUUUUCCACCAUGGCCCCCCUGACCAGCGCGUCGACCGCAGCCGCGCUCCUGAGACAGCCCGCUCCGGCCGUGGAGGGCGCGGUGGCGUCGGGCGCGCUGGCCGACCCGGCCACGGCGGCCGCAGACAGACGCGCCUCUAGCAUAGCCGCGCUCAGGCUCAAGGCCAAGGAGCACGCGGCGCAGCUCACGCAGCUCAACAUCCUGCCGGGCACCAGCACGGGCAAGGAGGUGUGCUAAAGGCCGCCGCGCCCCCGCGAGCCCAGGGCGCGCCCCCGAAGGUCACCUCACUCAGCACCACUCAAGACCAAAUGGAAACAGAGGACCAGCACACUCCCGAGAGGCCACUGAGAGAGCGCAGCCGCUUUCGCAGCCGCCUGGACGCGGGCGAGGCGGCCCUCGGCGCUACCGGACGUGGCACCUCCUGGGCUGGCUGUCCACUCCUCCCCUGUCUCUGCCGCCACUCGCCCCCCCUCCCCCCAGCGCCCCGUCCCUACUCCUGCCAACCUUGCUCCAACUCGGACGUCCACACUCUCCCAUUCUUACUUUACUGAAAAGAUGGGGAGGUUUGCUCCCCAAGACGCCUGGUAUCGAAGUGAAAAUUUUAAAAAGCCCAACCUCUCUUCCUCCCGACAUCCCACUUAGCUUUUUUUUUUCUUUUUUGAAUAGCAUUUUGGCGCUCUACGUUGAUCUCCCCAGCGUGGGCCCCCGGCAUGAAGCCAGGGCCUGGGAAGCGAAUGCGAAUCUGUAAGAUAGCUAACAGUGCACUUAAUGGAAAGGGGCGUCUUGUUCUUGUUCUCUUCUUUAUCAUACACCAACCAAGGUUUUUCUAUCAAACCAAAGGGAAAUACUCUGCUAGAAUAUGGACUGUUGAAGUCACCAACUGUGAUUAUUGAUUCUGUACAUACCAUUGUUAUUAAAAAAAAGAACAGAGCUUUGUAUAUUUGAAAUGUUAUAACGCAAUUGCACUCAGCGUGGUAUGGUAAAAGUUUGUCCUCCUGUAGAUUCUUACUGUGUUGUAGAUACGGUAGGGUUCCUAGACAAAUAUUUAUGUACUCAAUCAAGCCCUUUAUUUAACUUAUUAACGGUAGAGGCUUCCGAAACCUUCAAGAUAAAGGCAAUGGUACAGUACUUUUGUGUAAUGUGUAAUUGUUAUCACUUUUCCUUGCUAUCUAGUGGAGAAGUG